AACGUUUAAUUAAUGAUUUGCACAUGUUAGACAAAGAGACCUUUAGUAAACAAUAUCAAAAAAACUGAACCUGUACUAAUUUACCAUCGUGCAAAUCCCAGAAUUCAGAAUAGACUAAAAAAAAUAUAACUAUUAAAAAGUUGGUUAAAAUUAUUGUUAACAUGUUACUGUUAAAAGUCCUAGCAAAGGCCUUUUAUAAAUAAACAAGAAAGUAUUAAUAUACCUAAAUCAAUUUUAAAACCUUGAAGAAAGCAAAAUAACCAUUAGAAAAAAAAUUAAACUUUACAAUUUAGAGAGUUUGUAAAGAUGGGCGAUGCACCAAACAAUCGUAGACCAAAUUUUUCCAAUGUUCCUGAAAAUGGGAUAAAUAGAAAUGCUAAUGUGCUAAACAUCAAACCCGUUGCUAAGAAACUUGUUAUUAAAAAUCAGAAGUUAAGUGAGCCUAAGUUGCCCGAUGAUUACACAGAGCAAACUUGGAAAAAGCUCAAAAGUGCAGUUCUAGCUAUACAGCAAUCAAAACCAAACCAGUAUACCCUGGAGGAGCUGUAUCAAGCUGUAGAAAAUAUGUGCAAUCAUAAGAUGGCCCCUCUAUUGUAUCAAAAGCUGCAUAACCUUACUGAGCAACAUGUUGCCAACAAUAUUGAACAAUUUUUAGCAGAAUCAAUGGAUCGUUACUUAUUUCUUAAGAAAAUGAAUGAAACUUGGCAGGCACAUUGUCACCAAAUGAUCAUGGUUAGAAGUAUAUUCCUAUACUUAGAUCGCACAUAUAUUCUUCAAAACCACAUACCUUCAAUUUGGGAUAUGGGUCUGGAGUUGUUUGGGAAAUAUAUACUUCUUAAUACUCUAGUUCAAACAAGAGUUGUAGAAGGAUUGUUAAUGCUUAUAGAAAAGGAACGGCAAGGAGAUCAGGUUGAUCGUUCGCUACUUAAAUCUCUUCUAAGAAUGCUCACUGAUCUCCAAAUUUAUGAUAAGGCCUUUGAGCAUAAAUUUCUUCAAGCUACUGAGCGUCUUUAUGCGGCUGAAGGUCAACGUCUAAUGCAAACAUUGGAAGUUCCAGCCUAUUUAGCCCAUGUAGACAAACGAAUUGCAGAGGAAAAUGAAAGGGUGUUACACUACUUGGAUCCUGACACGAAAUAUCAAUUAAUUCAUACAGUAGAAAAGCAGCUUCUCAGGGAACAUGUUACUCAAAUUCUUCAGAAGGGAUUGGAUCAGUUGCUUUCUGAGUUUAGAUUAGAAGAUUUGACCCUUCUUUAUAACCUACUUAGUAGAGUGAAAAACGGGUUAAUUGAACUUUGUAGCGCGUUUAACGCAUAUAUUAAGAAAAAAGGAAGAACCAUCGUUAUCGACCCUGAAAAGGACAAAACAAUGGUACAAGAGCUUUUAGACUUUAAAGAUGCUAUGGAUAAUGUUGUUACAACUUGUUUUACUAAACAUGAUAGGUUUAAUAAUUCUCUAAAAGAGGCGUUUGAACAUUUUAUUAACCAACGUACUAAUAAACCUGCUGAACUAAUAGCGAAGUUCGUGGACUCCAAGUUGAGAGCUGGUAAUAAGGAGGCUACUGAAGAGGAACUUGAACGGUUGUUAGACAAGAUUAUGGUCCUGUUCAGAUUUAUACAUGGCAAAGAUGUAUUUGAGGCUUUCUAUAAAAAGGAUCUAGCAAAACGGCUCUUAGUUGGAAAAUCGGCAAGUGUAGACGCUGAAAAGUCAAUGCUAAGCAAAUUGAAGCAAGAAUGUGGAGGAGGAUUUACCUCGAAAUUAGAAGGUAUGUUUAAGGAUAUGGAAUUAAGUAAAGACAUUAACCAGGCCUUCAAACAACAUCUGGCGGUAAACAGUAGGGAUUUGCCUCAGAUUGAAAUGACUGUUAGUAUAUUAACAAUGGGAUAUUGGCCCACUUACCAACCCAUGGAUGUCACUUUGCCUGACCACAUGGUUCGUUUACAGGAUAUUUUUAAAGAUUUUUACUUGAGUAAGCACAGUGGUCGCAAACUACAGUGGCAACCUACCUUGGGACAUUGUGUCCUCCGAGCUACGUUUAAAACGGGUCCCAAGGAAUUAGUUGUAUCGCUUUUUCAAACAUUGGUUCUAAUUUUGUUUAAUGACUGUGAUUCAUUAGCCUUUGAGUACAUUAAGGAAGUUACUAAUAUUGAAGACGGCGAGCUCAGACGGACUUUGCAGUCUUUAGCUUGUGGAAAGGCUAGAGUUUUAAACAAAAUUCCCAAGGGAAGAGACGUAGGUGAUGAAGAUCAAUUUAAAAUAAAUCUAGAUUUUACUAACAAAUUGUUUCGCAUCAAGAUUAAUCAGAUUCAAAUGAAGGAAACGACCGAGGAGCAAAAAGCAACAGAAGAACGAGUAUUUCAAGAUAGGCAAUACCAGAUAGAUGCUGCCAUAGUAAGGAUAAUGAAAAUGAGAAAAUCCCUAAGCCACAAUCUUCUAAUUAGUGAAUUGUAUCUGCAGCUAAAGUUCCCUGUGAAACCUGCUGACUUAAAGAAGCGAAUUGAGUCCUUAAUCGAUCGUGACUAUAUGGAAAGAGAUAAAGAUAUGCCAAACCAAUACAACUAUGUGGCCUAGUUAAAAAAUACAUAAUACCGUUAAAAGAAAUAAACCGCGGUGAAUAAAAAAAAGUGGAGUAAAACUUCUUAGUACGAUUAAGAAAAAAAAGUUGUUAUUUAAUUUUUACCGAGCCUUUUAUUAUUUAAACAGUGAAGGAUUGACGUCCCCAUUGCUUUUAUUUUUAUUUUCCAGCUUUUUAUUUAAUUUAUUCCAAGCUAUAGGAAGUUUCACUUUACAAAAGGAUUAUAAUAAAAACAUUAUUAUAUUGUUCAAAACUA